AUGGAAGCAGGAGGAGCAGGAGGAGUGGAGGUGGGGGAGGGCGUGAUGAGGGUGCUGCUGGUGGACGACUCCCCCGUCGACCGCCGGGUGGCGCAGCUGCUCCUCAGCAGCAACUCCUGCGCCGGCUCAUUCCACGUCAUCGCCGUCGACAGCGCGAAGAAGGCGAUGGAGUUCCUCGGCCUCAAGGACGGCGGCGGCAAGGAGCAGGCCAUCGACAUGGUGCUCACGGACUACUGCAUGCCUGAGAUGACCGGCUACGACCUCCUCAAGGCCAUCAAGGCACUGACCCCCCUGAAGCCGAUCCCGGUCAUCGUCAUGUCGUCAGAAGACGAGCCCCAGAGGAUCAGCCGAUGCCUGAACGCCGGCGCCGAGGACUUCAUCGUGAAGCCCCUGCAGAGCAAGGACGUGCAGCGCCUCCGGAACUGCUCCACCGCCGCCAGGCCCAGCAGCAAGGGCGCCGCGCCGUGCGAGGCUGCCUCCGUGGCCAGCAAGCGGAAUAAUAAGCCGCUGGUGCUGCCGGCCUCCGCCGCCGCCACGUCGCCGUCGGGACGGCGAGCGAACCUCGCCGGAGUCGCCAUGGUGCUGCACUCGUCGAGCGUGGAACUCUCGCAGUACCUGCCGCUCCUGCUCAAGCUCGUCGUGCUGGUGUACGCCGUGCUGUGCUUUGGCGAGCUCCUGCACAGAUGGUCGUCGGGUGGCCGCUGCUCGCUCUCCCUCUGGUGCGCCGCCUGA